AUGUUUAGAACUCUUCUCACUCCACUACGCUCUCGCUUUGAGCCAUCCCCGGCGGUACUACCAUCAGAGGAAGGGAACGACGACGACGUUUCUCCGGAGGACUUUGCGCGCGAUGUUUUGAUACAGCUCAUGCGGAACUCUAUAGAGAGCUUAAAGCUGGCGGAGAACGAGGCGGCUCAAGUUCAGUCACUUGCAGAGAUACACGGCAUCAUGCUGCAGAACUCGUGCACAAAGGAUGUCUUCCGAGAACUCGAUGGGUUCUUGUUCUUGAUAAAGACGCUCUCGACAACCCAGCUCCAGAGUAACGGACCUGUCGUGGAACCAGAGGACCAACUUGUGGAACGUGCAAUUCAAACGGCCCGCCUGGUGUUUGCCAUUCUGAGGGAUGCCAUGCAAGACCACCCUGGAAAUACGUCCUAUUUCCGAACUAGCGUUGGGUUUGAUUCGCUUGCGCAGUCACUGAGCAGCCUCGUCUCCAACGGGAAAACGCGCCCAGACGUGCUAGGACUCGUGCUCUCGCUGCUCCUACAGGAUGCAUCGUUCUCGGAGUCAUUCCUCAAACUUGCACCAUCUGAUGACGGGCAACUUGAUAUCCAAGUUGCAGAGGUAUGUAGUAGGAUAGGUCCAAUACGCCACCCUGGUGCGGUCAAUAUUUUAUGGGAUACCCUACCGCGCAUUCCCGUGGAGGACCACUCUUCUCGAAUGGUGUUCUUCAAGGUCUUUGAGCAACUCUGCCGGUUCAGCCACCGCAAUCAAGCAGUUCUCAGCGCAAGUGGUAUAAUCAAGCCGCUGCUGGGCUAUUACUAUGGCAGCCGAACAGGGAUCUCUGCGAGGGAGCGGCAGGUCGUGUCGAAGCUGCUGAAGAAGCUGCUUGACAUGGGUGCGACAACUCCUGAAGCACGAUUUAUAUUUCAAAGGGCAGUGAAAGGGGAUGAUUCGUUGGAUGUGGACAUUCUAGAGCCGAUACGGUCAGGCAUGAAAUCGCGGUGGCCUGAACACUUCUCGAUGGAAUCUACCUCUUCCAUCUGUCUCUCGGGAGUCAAUACAAAGGCACUGGCGUCGGGAUGCAGCAUUAUGAUGUGGGUAUGGAUAGAAUCACUGCCAGCUACAGCAUAUCCGCUCGUUCGCCUCCGCCCGUCUUUGGGGCUCUAUCUACGCCCUGAUGGCAAGUUCGAAUCACAGUUGGGCAUAUUGUCGACGCCAUGGGUGGUGGACUCAGCUCCUAUCACCAAGUCCAGGUGGACCCAUUUUGUCGUCACGUAUCACUCACAAAGAUCACACUGCUCCUUAAAAUUCUUCAUUGAUGGUGCUCUAAUUGACACUUUGAAGUUGAUCCAACCUCUCGCGCUCGAGGGGGUGCAAGCUUUCGAGAUAGGAAGCGUUGAAAAUCACACCGGAAUGUCGUGGUGCAUGGCCUCGACAUAUUUAGUUGGAGGUUCCAUAGCCGAUGAACACCCUCGACUCAUCCACCAUUUGGGCCCACGCUACACCGGAAACCUGCAAGACUCGGAUCUGGUCAAGUUCCUCACGUACGAGGCUUCGACGUCACUGACGAUGUUCAUGUCCAACGUCGCUUCGAAGGCAGGCGCUUCUUCCGAGCAACUCUCGCUGCUGAAAGCCAUAAAAGAUGGGCUUGCCUUGCCGGAGUCGUCUAUACUGUUGUCGUUGUCUGCGGGAAGUGUGCCGCAGUCUGGCUUCAUAGGUACGUUGGAGGUUCCGCGCCACGGGGACGACGGGCAUCAGAAGCUGCAGGAGUUGUCGGUCAACGGCGAUGUCUAUGUCGUAAAGGCGGCGUGCUUGGAUGAGGCCCUCUGGCGUCUGGGCGGUGCGCCUGUUGCGAUGCGGCUAGUGCAACUUGCUAAGUCUCCACAUGAACUAUCCAGGUCACUCGGUAUACUCGUAGACGGCUUGCGGAAUAGCUGGAAAAACUCGGAGAACAUGGAGCGCAUGCGGGGCUACGAGAUUCUCGCGGACAUCCUACGCCAGAAGAGCCAGUUUAUCAAUAUGACGAGUUUUGAGACGCUUUUCGAAUUUCUUGGAGUCAACUUCAAGACACCCGAGUUAUCAACGGUAGUAAAUCCCAUAGCCUAUCGCGCGAUCGCGCUGGACUUCGAGCUGUGGUCGCGGACCAAGGACGAGAUACAACGGGAGUACUUCGCGCACUUCACUACACUUCUUCAGACCAGCCGUUACAGGAGGUUCAACAGCAAACAGCGCUUUGUCAAAAUGGGGCUUGUCAGGAAGCUUCUAUUCGCCGUCCAGACGGAUUGGUAUUGUCGCGACGACUUGCCGCACCUCAUAGACGCGCUCAGAGUCGUAGCCGAGGCUAACUUCACCAAGGAUGAGGCGAUCAAGCCAAUCGUUUCGUAUUUGGCUGCGAAUUUGCACGAAGGUGCGUUCACGCCCGACUCGCCAUCUUCCCCCUUGUCGAUUGUAUCCCGCCUUGACCAAACCGGUGGACGCGAAAAGGCAGAGCACGUCUUCGCUGCCCUGUUGUCCAUCCUCUCUUCGCCGACAUCCUACACGCGAUUCGCGGUUUCCCUGCCCCAUACGCGGAUACCUCUGCUUCUACAAGCCUCGCCGACAUUUAGCCGGAAGUUUGAGCUCAUAAGCGGGUGGAAUGUGUUGAAAGCCGUCCUCCCCAGGGCGUGGGAUCGCAACGUCAACGAAGCAGCCUUUGGGAUCCUUCUCGGCCGGGGGAGUACAAACGCAAAUGCUGGUGGUAACGUAGUAGUGUGUCCCCAGAUAGUCCCUGCUAUUCUAUGCGCUCUGAAAGAAGGACUGGAGUCAAUGUCAAAGGCAUUAGAGAUGGCAGCGGAUCAGGCCCCGCCCUCUUCCUCAGAAUCGGUCAUCGAGUUACUGAUAGAAGAACUCAUGAAUCUGCAUGCCUCUAGUUCCACGUUUCGGCAGAUUUUCAAAUCACAGCAGACGACGCAGCUGUUCGUUGACGCGUACAAGGCGUAUGUAUCCAGGAUAACUGCCCUGCCUGCCUUGAAUAGCAAGACAACCAGCACGGUUGAGAAACUGAACCAUCUAGGUUUGGCGUUUGCUCUGGACAACUCGGUUGCUGGCAGUCAGAAACGCCAGAUCUUAGAUACGAUGCAAAUGGCUGAGGCGUCCAUAAAUCCGGAUGCGGAGAGGACGGCGAUUGACCCAAGCCUUGUGGCUGACGUGCGAUCUGUGCGCCAGAGGAUUGCGUCAGCGCGACUCAGCAUGCAAGUUGGAGAACGCACGAUCAUGAAGACUGUGGCAAGGAUGCAAGAAUGGCGGAAGACCAUCCAGACUUCUGAGCGCAAGAGACUUCGGAAGGAUGUCCUUGACCUACGCGAGCAUCGACGGCAGAUAUCUCGACUGGGCGACUGGGCACUCCUUCUAGAGUCCGAACGCGGCCUCUGGCCUCAUUGUGAUGAUCGCCUUUGGCGUCUCGACGAAACGGAGGGGCCACAACGUAUUAGCAGGAAGAAGAUGGAACCCCAGGACGACAAGACUUGGAGUUCUCGGUUAGAGAGUUAUGAUCACCUAAGAGACGUCACCAUGCCAGAAUCAGAGACUUCGUCUCAAAUACAAGUUGAAGUACCUCCUUGGGCCGAGUCGUAUGAAAUCUCCGCAACCGAGAUGGAGGAUCGACAGCUCGCAGAAGAUAUAGCAGAUGAUAAACAUAGAAGAGUUCGGCAUGAACUAGAGCCUGGCGAUGUCAUCGAGGCAGUUGCUACUGUUGCCCGAAUCGCUGGGGUUGAUUCAUCCCCCGGUCUUCUCAUAAUCGGGAAAACACAUGUGUAUAUGUUAGACGGGGUCGUUGAGAACGAUGACGGGGAGGUCAUUGACGCACAUGAUGCCCCGCGACAUCUCUUCUCUGUUCCAGGAAGUAUAGUCGAACUUGAUGGACCUCAGCGUGCUCAACGGUGGUCGCACGACCAAAUCGCUUCGUUCAGCGACAAAACUUUUCUCUUCAGAGAUGUUGCACUUGAAAUCUACUUCAAGGACAGCCGAUCGUUGCUGGUGGUGUUUCUGCAUAAGGAACGUCGCUCUGACACGUAUCAUCGACUUUCGACUAUCAUUAGUCGGACUACGCUAGAGGUUUCUACUCCCGGCAUAGGGUCAGCACUUCUGAAGUCGCCAUUACUAGGCCGUGUUAGUUCGCGGGUCUUGUCUGGCCUGAAGAUUGACGAGAUUUCGACUGCACAGAGGAAGUGGCAAGCUAGGGAAAUUAGUAAUUUUACUUACCUCAGCAUCCUCAAUCAACUCUCUGGCCGAACACCAAGCGAUGCCACUCAAUACCCUGUCUUCCCUUGGGUUUUACAGGAUUAUACAUCUACGUCGUUAAACUUGAACUCGCCUGAAGUCUAUCGAGAUUUAACUAAGCCGAUGGGGGCCCUGACACCGGCACGCUGCGAAGCUGCUGCCGCUAGAUAUUCUAAUCUUGAGAGCGUGGACGAAAAGCCCUUCCACUACGGAACUCACUUCAGUUCAUCGAUGAUUGUUUGCCACUUCUUGAUUCGCAUGGCUCCUUUCACCAACAUGUUCAAGACGCUGCAGGGCGGAGAUUGGGAUUUGCCCGACCGUUUGUUCAGCGACAUCGGGCGUGCAUACGAGUCCGCCGCGCGCGACGUUCGAGGCGAUGUUAGGGAGCUCAUACCAGAAUUCUACACCUGCCCCGAAUUUCUUGAGAAUUCAGCGAACCUUGACUUCGGCAUCCAGCAGGGCACCGGCGAGAGAAUCCACGACGUCAAGCUUCCGCCUUGGGCCAAGCGGGAUCCGUUGUUAUUUAUUAUCCUAAGUCGCCGAGCUCUGGAAAGUGACCAAGUUAGCGAGAACUUACCUGCUUGGAUCGACCUUAUUUGGGGUUGCAAACAAAGGGAUCCAGAUGCACUGAAUGUUUUCCAUCCUUUGAGUUAUGAAGGCUCUAUAGACCUCGAAAGUAUAACGGAUGAGCUUGAAAGAGAAGCCACAGUCGGCAUCAUUCACAAUUUCGGGCAAACUCCAAGAAAGCUUUUCACAAUUCCUCAUCCUCCUCGGUAUCAUCAUGGCCUCUCGACGUUGCCACUUGGUACGCUGCAUGGAAUUGAAGAAGACCCGUUCCUCCUUUCUCAAGCGAACCGUUGUUUCAGAGACCUAGGGUCCGCUGUGCCCGUUCGUGAGCUUGUUCUCGACAACAUUGGGGAGCGUGUUUUGCCUUAUCCCGAAGGCGUUCUAUCCUUCCCCCAUCAUCCACAUGAGCAAAUAGAGUGGGGACCAAGCCGCACAACUGGUGGAGCUCUCCGUGCCGUUGUCGAUCAUAAAGUCACACAGGUUAUAGAAGGUGCUUACUGUACAUGCGCCUCUUUCGCAGAUGCGAACUGCCUCGUCACUGGAUCAAGUGAUUACACGGUACGCUUGUGGAAAAUCACUCGAGGAGCGCAAAUAAAGACGACUACGCCUGCAAUCAAUGGAAGGGAACGCAAUCUGCAGAUCACAUUGUCCCACAUCAUGAGAAUUCAUACAGAAGAAGUGAUUUGUGUCACAGCGUCCAGAUCCUGGUCAGCGGUUCUCAGUGGUUCCAAGGAUGGUUCGGCAGUCCUAUGGGAUCUUAACAGAGGAAUGUAUGUACGAACUAUCUGGCACGGACACUCUGAAGAAGAUUCGGUUCAUCUCGUUGCCAUCAAUGAGAGCACCGGCUACGUCGCAACUUGUUCUCGCCUCCGACUCUGCCUCCACACCAUCAACGGCCGUCCGAUGGCGACGCUUGAUCUGACACGUUUAUCGUCGUACUCAAGGCUUGUCCCGACCAUCACCUCGAUGGCAUUCCACGAACGCGAGUACUCCCAUCUCGGAAUUCUGGCUAUAGGUAGCUCUGAUGGUGCUAUUUCUUUGCUGACCUGGACGGCGGAUGGAACACCCGUAGGGGAGAAGGCGCAAUGGGAAUUCUUGACAAUCCGGACGAUGAAGGUGCGCAUGUCGGGCAAGGCGAAUCGGUUACCAGCGGUGACGGCGCUCAAGUUCGUGGGCGAAAGUCUGGCACACGGUGAGGAAACGGGCAAGUCUUUCAUGUGGAGCUUGCCCGACUAG